GGGGAAAUAAACAAACCUUUUCCUCCCUAAAUUCUACUUUUAUAGUUGGACUUAUAAUGAUAAUUCAAUUUUCGCUUAUUUACUUUUUAUUAGCAGGCUACCACGGACUUUGCUAUACCCACUCAUUUCUAGCAUGAAAUACUUAAGUAUAUUAGGUAGUUAAUUACGUAUCUUCGCUCUCGGGUCCAUCAAUGAUUCAAUACGCAUCAAGAUGAUACCCCGGACUCCCGAGAAGGCAGUGUCCGAUAUCGAGGCUCAGCAUCAUCCUCGUCAUCAACACUACCAUGCCUUGAGGAAACCUACCAUCGCUAUUGAGGACCGGCCGAGGCUGAAGCUAAUUUUGGCUCUUUUUGGCCUUCUUUCGCUCGCUUGGUUUAUAAAAUUAAAUUUUAAACAAUGUCCUUCUAUUUUAGAUAUCAAACAGGUCACCCGGUCAGAAUUCGAACAUGAAAUCUCACGUCCGAUUCCUGCUUCGCUGCAGACUCAGACGCCGCUGGAGUGCUUUCAAGUCGCGCAACCUGUGCUCACCUCUAAUGGUCCAUCCGGUAGUAGGUCCAAAUCCGCAGAGGAACCCUCGCCAGAUAAGGCUUGUUCAGUCCUAUUAAUGGAACAUGUUUUUGCAUUCAGCUAUGGCACGCCAUUCGUUGGAAAUUAUACACCGCCUAGCUGCCCUUUUAAUCGAGUUAUUAUGAACUUCACUGUUGUCUCUCAAGGCCGCCAAUUCGAUCGCCUGGCAUUGAUGUAUUUUGGCGACACCGAAGUAUGGCGUACUUCGACUGCGGAGCCAACAUUACCUCCAGGUAUACGUUGGACAUUCUUGAAGGAUAUGACCGAGUACCUUUACUUUUGGAAAUCUCACCAGAAAUUAAUUUUCGACCUAGGCAACCUGGUAGACGACAAGUAUACCGGGUCGUUCAAUGCCACUCUAACUGCAACCUUUUUUAUGGCCGAUAUUGGGACUGACGAAGCACCCCCUGCAGACUUGGUUAUCCCGAUAUCUGCGAGAAAAGGGGGCGCGAAUGGGGCAAGCCAUUUUACGCUUCCAGCAGACGAUGCGACUAACACUGUUAGUUUUCCUCGGAACGCUAAUCGAGCCUUCUUCACUGUCUCGGCAAACGGACAAGCUUCGGAGGAGUUCUGGUGGGGAAAUGUUCCGCAAAGCGAUACUCUCGCGUUUAGCCAGACUGCUGGACAACUACCUGGACUGUCUCCCUUUCGCGAAGUCCAAUUGCUCAUCGACGGUAAGCUCGCUGGAGCCCAAUGGCCGUUCCCGGUGAUAUUCACCGGCGGAGUAGUGCCUAGUCUGCAUCGGCCUAUCGUUGGUUUACAGGCUUUUGACUUAAGAGAGCAUCAGAUCGAUAUCACCCCAUGGUUACCUACGUUAUGCGAUGGAGCUGAUCACACAUUUGCCAUAAGGGUCGCCGGCUUAAAUAAUUCGGAAAAUAGUACCGACCUUACACUGACAGAAAGGGUCAACGACAGCUGGUACGUUACGGGUAAAAUAUUCGUAUGGCUAGAUGAAGAAGGAUCGGUGACCACUGGUACCGGCCCUUCAGUAGAGAUCGUCGGACCAAUCAUUUCGCUUUCGAGCCAAAUUACACAGAAUGCAACCGGGUUUAACGAAUCGCUGGCUUUUAACAUGACCGUUCAGAGGACGAUUACUAUCAAAUCAGCUAUCAAGUCGAAGGGUCAAAACGGAGAGAGUACUUGGUCUCAAAAUCUCUCCUAUUCGAACCGAGCCCUAAUGUCGAACUUUGGAACCACUCAAAUCAAUGACUUUAGUAUUACUGGAACCGAUUCUACUACCGGGCCUACCACCUCUUACAAGGCGAUCUAUAGUUAUCCGCUAUAUUGCAAUCAAACAUACUUAAGGUCACCCCAGGGUAACCUGACGAUAAGUGCACACCUAAUAGAAGGACUUGAUCUUCAAGUAGAGGGAGACUCCGUCUUCCCUACAGGCUUCGAAGCUUUUGGAGCUAGCACUACUGGAAAUAAUUCGUACUCUACUUCACAUCUUAAAACUCACCGCGACGGUACCGCAUUCUUCUUCCAGACAGGAGAUGGUAGGAAUAGUUCUGGCUAUGGUUCAACUAGUCAAAUCUUCUACUUCGGUGGCUCCAGUGAGAACGCUACUCUAGAGGGUGGAAGUGAUGUUGACGAGCUCUACUUCCGAAAUGUGACGGCGGUGAAUGGCACCGUUGUGUUCGACUCAGAGAGGAUGGAAGGGGUAGAGACUUAUGGUUUCAACCGGGUAUCAGAGCUUCAUAGUCCUGUCGAGGCAGCGUUGACCCUAUUUGCCCAUGUCCCCGCCAAGGUGCCAGGGUCGAACAUUUCGAUAGGAAAAGAUACGGAUGACCACAGAACACAUAAUAAGCCUUCAGGACAAGUUCAACUUCCCUAAGGAGGUACCUAGCUACACUAUUAAGGAAGGUCUACUGUAUUAUUAUAAUAGAGCUUGAAGGAUAGCUAUAAUCAUCAUAGAUAGAAGGUUAUAUCUUAAUUGUUAAUUUUAUAUUUGACUCCGA